AUGUCAUAUGCUGAGAACAUCGAGCAAGCUGUUUCUGUCUGCAAACAGCAAACUGUGCUGAUGCAGAGAUGUCUCGCACAAGAAAAGCUCAUGGAUGCACUAAAGCACACCUCAAUCAUGCUAACGGAGCUGAGGAGUCCGCUGUUGACACCUAAGCAGUACUACGAGCUCUAUAUUCUGAUCUACGAUUCUCUGAGUAUACUGUCUACUUAUUUUGUGGAUUGCCACACCAAGCGUCACCACCUAGCAGAUUUAUACGAAUUGGUGCAAUAUGCCGGAAACAUCCUUCCGAGGCUGUACCUGAUGAUUACAGUGGGCAGUGCUUACCUGCAAUGCGCAGAUUCCCCUCGCGAGGAGAUUUUUAAAGAUAUGAUUGAGAUGUGCAAAGGUGUUCAGCACCCUAUGAGAGGUCUAUUCCUGAGGUACUAUCUCUCCCAGCGAACAAAAGAGUUCUUCCAGGCGGACUCGCCCGAGGCCAAAAAGACUAACGCCAAUUUUGUUAUUACCAACUUCAUUGAAAUGAACAAACUUUGGGUCAGGUUACAACACCAAGGUCCGCUACGAGAAAGAGAGCAGCGAACUCGUGAAAGAAAAGAACUAAAAAUCCUAAUUGGGGUCAAUUUGGUAAGACUAUCUCAAAUCGUGGAGUCUGAUUUUAACAUGUACAAAGACGAGAUUCUGCCACUGGUUCUGGAGCAGGUAAUACAAUGCAGGGAUGUCGUAUCGCAAGAAUAUCUCUUCGACGUGAUUUGUCAGGUUUUCCCAGAUGAAUUCCAUUUAGGGACCUUGGCUGAGCUGCUUUCCACAUCGUUGAAACUAAACCCAGCUGUUCCGGUAAAUAAGAUCGUGUUGACAUUAGUCGAGAGAUUGAAUGGAUUUAUCGACAGGCAGGAAAAUCCAGGCAUUGACGAAAUAUCCCAAAAACUUGCCUCUCUCAAUAUUGGAGAAGAGAAUAGUAACCUAUUUUUCAUUUUUUGGAAAUUUCUCAACCAGCUGAGUGAAGAAAGGCCUGAUCUUCAGCUCCAAGAACUAGCGCCUGUUGUUCAAGGUAUUUUGAAAUUGAAACUCCGCUGGGGUCCGGAUAACAUUAGAAAUGUCAAUACUCUGUUAAGUUUUAUGACAGAAAAAUGUAAAGAGCAUGGCAAAGCAAUACCUGACGAGUGCGACUAUCUAUUCCACGAUCUGUUACUUGCUCCUGAGUUUACAAACAGCAUGAAAUUUUUCUAUAAUGUCUUGACGCAAUGUGCUGCAUACCAAGAACUGCUCUCUUUACAGAACAAAAAACUUCAACGGCACUGCGUUAAUGAAAUCCUCGAUAUGCUGGUCAACGCACGGUGGCAGAUCACCUCUAAAGCAGAUUUAGAGACAAUACUGAAGAUUUGCGAAUCUCUCAUAGAGGCCGACUCAGAAAAACCAGCUUCUUCUUUGAUGCUAGAUGAAGAUGAUGCCUUGGGUAACGAAAACUGGACUUUGAGUCCGGAUCACGAAAAACUAGCAAAGCUGACACAUUUAUGUUUUAACAAGUCUGUUGAUGUUCAUAUUGAACUUUUGCUCAGUUGUAGAAAUUGGUUUCAGAGAAGCGGUCGGAACAUCAAAUAUCAUUCACCGGCCAUUAUCAGCAACUUCUGGAUUUUAAUUCGUAAAUGUCAAUGGAAGCUUAAAAGAGAGCAAGCAGAUUCAGAGAAGUACAGCAAUACUAUUAAGCAGCUGUUCAAACACAUUUCACGAACAAUAGAUAACCUUUACAAUUCUUCUGGUGGGGGUUGUUUGGACCUGAUAUACAAGUUAAACCUGCAAACUGCUUCUCUCGCCGACCAAUCACAAUUAGGUGAUAUCGCGUACGAUUUCUUUUCACAAGCCUUUACAACGUUUGAAGAGUCCUUAAGUGAUUCCAGAACUCAAUUUCAGGCCAUUGUAAAUAUGGCCCAAACACUGCAGAAAACGCGGAAUUUGUACAUGGAGUCGUAUUAUGAAACACUGAUCACCAGGUGCACGCUGCAUGGUUCCAAACUACUCAAAAAGCAAGACCAAUGUAGAGCCGUCUACACCUGCUCUCAUCUAUGGUGGGCCACAGAAAUUUCGCUCCUGGGUGAGGAGGAGGGUAUCACGGAAAGUUUUUUCCGUGAAGGAAAGAGAGUUUUAGAAUGUCUGCAACGAUCCCUCCGGGUUGCGGAUUCUGUCAUGGAUAAUGUCCAAAGCUGUGAACUCAUGAUUGAGAUCCUUGAUCGGUGCUGUUACUACUUUAUUCAUGGCGACGAAACGUCGACGAAUGUUAGUGUAAAGUAUAUCAACGGGCUAGUUGAAUUGAUCAAAACCAAUAUUGAUUCUUUGAAAUUGGAAAGAAAUUCUAUGCUGGACGAUGACCGUACCUUGAAUAACGGUGGUGAUAAAGCAUACAUUGGCAUUGAUGGUUGCUACAUUCACCUAGGUGCAACUAAUAGCGUCGCAACUACAUUUACCAAACCUCCAACUUCUAAAUCUACUAAUCUUGAGUCCAUACCAAUCGAACACUUUGACAGGACUUUGCAGUAUAUUCAAGACCAAAAGGAAGUUGACAGUAGAUUCAAAGCGAUUGUAUUGUGA